CAGAGACGACAGUGUGACAUUCCUGCUUCAUACCGGGCGGCCGGGCGGCCGCGGGGAUGCCGGAGCAGGCAAUGCCCUGGAGCUCCUCUCCCGGGGGCAGGGGAGCUGCCGCUCGGGAGGGACCCCGGGCUGGGCAGCCGGGACCAGGUCCCCAGGAGCUCGUGGACCAUUGAACCCCGUGCGAUGAUUACAUCUCUAAAGACCUGGAAUCCGGGCAGCGCUCCCUCUGCCAGGGCCCCGUGGAAAGGAAGCUGUGCCCAGGACAGUGGGGAUCCUGUGAUGGCCAGCCCCGCCUCUCCGUGCUCCCGCCCUUUCCCACACGCCAGCCAGGGGAGGUGGAGAACUGGUCUUGGUAAGGAUACAGUGGGUGGCAGUGAAGAGAAUUCAGGUCAGACCUCUACGCAAUCGACCCCAGCUCAGCGUCGAGCUCUCAAAGCAAACUUGUCUGGAUCUGGAAGCCCUCGGAGACUCUACCUGACUGUCCAGGCACUCCAGGACAAGGUGUAUGCAUGCAAGAGUCAGGUGAAGAAGGAGGAGAAGCAGCAGAAGAGGCCGGCAUUGGCCCCCAAGCGGGCCCAAGACUCGGCUCAGGCACAGGAAGCCCACAUCAUGAAUGUUGAGAAAACAGGUGGGAGGCUCUUCGGCAGCGGGAAGUGCUCAGGCCUAUCUGGGGCCCGCCAGUUACCCAUGAUCCAGAAGAUGGUGGAGUCCAUGUCCCAGCUCCAGGAAGAAAAGGGCCAACUGCAGGAGCAGUUAAUGGCGUUGCAGAAAAAGCUGGCCCUUCGGGAGAGUGACCAGCAAGCUGUAUCCACGCAGCUGCAAGCUCAGGUGGAAAAUCUGAAGGAAAAACUCAUUGGCCAAGUCCAGGAAGUGAAUAGACUCCGCUCAGAGCUGGGGGGCACAGACUUGGAAAAACACCGGGACCUGCUGAUAGUGGAGAAUGAGCGGCUGCGGCAGGACAUGAAGCGAUGCGAGGCGGAGCUGCAGGAGCUGCGGGCGCGGCCGCCCCCGUGCUCCGAGUGUGAGCACAGCAAGGAGAGCGCCCAGCUGCGGGAGAAGCUGGCCCAGCUGCAGCUGGAGACGGAGGAGAACAAGAGCCGGCUGGCCGAGCUGGACCUGGAAGUGCACCAGAAGACCGACCGGCUGGCCGAGGUCGAGCUGCGCCUCAAGGACUCGCUGGCCGAAAAGGCCGAGGAAGAGGAGCGGCUGAGCCGGCGCCUGCGGGACAGCCAGGAGACCAUCGCCACCCUCAAGGCGCAGCCUCAGCCCAUCAAGUACAUCAUCAAGACGGUGGAAGUAGAUUCAUCCAAGACUAAGCAGGCCCUGUGUGAAACCGAAGCCCGGAACCAGUAUUUACAAGAGCAGGUGGGGAUGCAGAGGCAAGUGCUGAAGGAAAUGGAACAGCAGCUUCAGAAUUCUCAGCACACGACAAACCAGCUCAAGGCCCAGAUCAUGAUGUACGAGUCGGAGCUGGAGCGGGCUCAUGGGCAGAUGCUGGAGGAGAUGCAGACCAUGGAAGAGGACAAGAAUCGGGCCAUUGAGGAAGCUUUUGCGAGAGCCCAAGUAGAAAUGAAGGCUGUGCAUGAAAACCUGGCAGGCGUCAGAACCAACCUCCUGACUCUGCAGCCAGCCCUUCGGACCCUCACCAACGAUUACAAUGGCCUGAAGAGGCAGGUUCGAGAUUUCCCUCUCCUGCUGCAGGAAGCCCUGAAGAGUGCCAAAGCAGAGAUUGGCCAAGCCAUCGAAGAAGUGAAUAAAACAAAUCGAGAACUGCUGAGGAAAUACCGCCGGGAACUGCAGCUCCGCAAAAAGUGCCACAAUGAGCUGGUGAGGCUGAAAGGAAACAUCCGUGUGAUUGGCCGGGUCCGGCCCAUCACCAAAGAGGACGGGGACGGGCCUGAGGCUGCCAACGCGGUGACUUUUGACUCUGACGAUGAUGCUGUCAUCCACUUGCUACACAAAGGAAAGCCAGUGUCUUUUGAGCUGGACAAAGUGUUUCCUCCACACGCAACCCAACAAGAUGUGUUCCAAGAAGUCCAGGCUUUGAUCACUUCGUGCAUUGAUGGCUACAAUGUCUGCAUUUUUGCCUACGGACAGACUGGGGCUGGCAAAACUUACACAAUGGAGGGAACUGUUGAAAAUCCGGGGAUCAAUCAGCGGGCCCUUCAGCUGCUUUUCUCAGAGGUGCAGGAGAAGUCUUCAGACUGGGAGUACACCAUCACGGUCAGCGUGGCAGAGAUUUACAAUGAAGCCCUCAGGGACUUGCUGGGAAAGGAACCCCAGGAGAAGCUCGAGAUUAAGCUGUGUCCUGACGGCAGUGGCCAGUUGUACGUCCCAGGGCUGACAGAGUUCAAAGUACAGAGUGUGGAAGACAUUAACAGGGUAUUUGAGUUUGGCCACACCAACCGAACCACCGAAUUUACCAACCUCAAUGAGCACAGCUCUCGCUCCCACGCCCUUUUAAUCAUCACCGUCCGGGGCACUGACUAUAGCACGGGACUCCGGACCACUGGGAAGCUAAACUUGGUGGACCUGGCUGGCUCCGAACGUGUGGGCAAGUCGGGAGCGGAGGGCAGCCGGCUCCGCGAGGCCCAGUACAUCAACAAGUCUCUAUCGGCGCUGGGGGACGUGAUCUCGGCGCUCCGAUCCCGCCAGGGCCAUGUGCCGUUCCGAAACUCCAAACUCACCUACCUCCUCCAGGACUCCCUCAGUGGGGACAGCAAAACCCUCAUGCUGGUACAGGUUUCCCCAGUGGAAAAGAACACCAGCGAGACCCUGUGUUCCCUGAAGUUUGCUGAGAGAGUGAGAUCCGUGGAGUUGGGCCCAGGGUCCCGGAGGGCUGAGCUGAUGUCAUGGUCUAGUCAGGAACACUUGGAGUUUGAGGGAGGUCUAGUGCAGACUCCAUCUUCUGCUCGAUCCUACUCCUCUUCUAGUUCUGGGACUCCCAUUAGUCGGUCCAGCUCAAUCCGGAGAAAGUUGCAGACCUCAGGGAAGAUGAAGCCGGUGCCCGUGUGACACACCAGGGGCCACAUCUGGGUGCCCAGUGCCGCGGAGAUCCGAGGAAGAAUACGGCAUAUUGCUCUCCACCUCCCUUUCCACCCAGAAUCAAGGACCCUAAUUGUGCAAAGACUGUUAUUAGGCCCAGGAAGGAGAGAGCUUCUUUCUGCCUUAGACACUCUGCUUCUCCCCGGCCCUAUCCCCGACAGAUGUGAAGUUAGUUUUGAAGGAAUCGGAUCUUUCCCCAGCCCAGGCUUCAGAGAGCACAGAUUGUGUGUGGGGGCCCAGUGGGCCUGGCUGGACCCUUGCACAUCCCAGCCAGCAGGACUGGCCUCCCAGCCCUGAGUGCGGCUGCAAGCUUUUUAGGUCGCGAAGAGGCAACUGGCUUUGGGCUUUAAAUUGGUUCACCUGGGGGGGUGUUAGAGCAGCUGGUGGGAGCAGGGACCCACCUUUCUGGUGGCCGACACAAGUGGUACACUCCGUGCUCUGGUUCAGACCUAAUUGUGGAUGGGGCGGGGGGGGCAUUUAGGGGACCUUUGGGACGACCUGGGGGCUCUGUCUGCCUAUUCUCUCACAUCCCUGGGUCCCUCUCAGGCCUCAGUCCUGCUGACAGAUCCCCGUGGGCUGGAACGGAACUCUGUGGCAUUGGCCAGGAUUUGCUCUUUGCGGGGUUUUUGGUUCAAAUGUUCCCUAAAAGCCAAUGUGCAAAAAAGUAAGCUCAGAUCUCCCUGUGAGGGAGGAAAGCAGCUGAGAACAUGACAGCACCAAGGAAUUAUCUUCAUGUGUGGGCUGCCCUCCCAUGGACACUCUCUAGCUGCACCUCAAGACUGGAGUGGACACUUCUGAGGAGGAAGGGGCUUUUCUCCACGGCGUAACCCUCUCCCUUUCCACAGUGACUCCUUAUUCUAAGCCCACUGCCCUUCCCUGCUCCGCAGAGCUACCCACCUCCUUCCUUCUCCAGGCCCAUCCAUUCCCAUGACUUGGUUUUCUGGAUAGCUGGUAGGACCAAGAAGCUUCUCUGACUUCUCCUUGCCGUGUGGAGGGAGGGAGGCUGGGAACACCCAAGUAGGAACUCCACAACCAACCCAAGAACUUUGUGGGGCUUUGGAAAAGGCGCUUGGCUCUUCUCCCUUCCCUCUCCUGGCACAACACCCAUUCUUUCUGCUUCCCAAGGGAAUAAUGCACUUUAUGGAAAAAGACAAUAAGACUUCCCCAUCCAGUCACCUGGAGGGAAGAGAUGACAGCAACAGGGACAGGCUGGUUCAGAAGGAUGGGGCAUCUGGGGGAAAACUGGCUUUCAAAAUGAAGGUGGCUGUGGGCAGGCAGCCAGGGCAGUGUGCCCACAGCUGCAGGGAGGUCUGCCGAAAUCCCAGGGAGGGGUUCAUCUUACCCCAGGAGGGGGUUUCAGUCCUGAAACCUUAGCUUCCGCCUCACCUUCCCAGUUCUCUCGGGUUCAUAUUUGGUAAAUCCAAGGGAGGGGAAGAGGGGCUGGAAACCCAAAACACAGAAGGGGGCAACAAGCUAAGCUCCCUCCCCGUGGGAAGCAAAAGUGUGAAAAGUGAAUCUGUACAUAUCUGUGUAUAAGUGUACAUAGACACCGCUGGGGAGUUAAUGGAAUCGGCGGAGAUAUAUUUUGUUUUUCCCCUUUCAAUGGCCCCCUGGGCUGUUGCUGGACACGUAUUUAUAUCUCUCAGAGGCUCGGUGCCCUCCGGCUCAUUUUUUGGUGAAGUUUGGGACCCGGCCCUCCUGGAGGCAGAGAGGUCUUUGGGAGGGGAUGGGGGGUGGCUGGGGCCCCACGUGUCACCAUGUGGCCGCGGACACUUUCCGUCCAUCUCAGAUGCACUGAUUUCUCUUUUCCCACUACAGCCCUUUUUAAUGUUUGUCUCAUAUUUCCUAACCAAGAUCUUUUGGAAUAUGAGCUGUUUUUACUGAUUUUAAUAAAGAGAGCUCUUUUGCACAAAUCA